AUAGAGCGUCUCCGGCACGUGGUGUGCAAAUUCAGGAGGACUGUCGCAAAGGAUUUUGAGGAAAUAUUUGGUUGCUUAAUUUUUAGGUUAAAUUUCGUCACUUGCAAAAUGGGUAGGCAGACAACCCCAAGUGGAGAGAAAAUACCCUCAGAGAUGCCCCAGGCUGCGUUGUGUUUUGACAAAGUCACAGACCAGGACCCAGGGUCGGGGUCAGGGAUCCAAACUCGAAGAAAACGACGAUCUCGACGGAGAGGCAGGGGGAAACGUUCUGUUGACGUUAAUGGAAAUGUCAUAGGAAAUCAUGACUUGGACUGGGACAAGGAGUCCUUUGAGAAGACAAGUCGGGACAUUGGAGAGCAGAAAGGACGCCAUCAGAUGGGCCAUCGUGGUGGAGCCCAGUCAAAGUUGCCGCCCAGUCCAAGCAGCCAGCACCAACGAAAACGCCCAGUUGCAGCCCCGUCAAAACCACCAGCACCAAAGGAGCCCACUGACCACACGAGUGCCCAGCAGACCAACCACGUGUCCCAGCCUAACGACUCCGACACCACACACCGCAGAAGACCUCGAAGGUUUCUCAACAAACCUUUCAAAUGGCCAAAGAAGAGGAACCCCAGCUACGCGGUGGAGGAUGAGAUGGCCUACCUGGCGCUGCUGGAGCCCCAGAAGCCCGUGGAGAGGGAGGACUGGGAGGAGGAGCUCAGGGGACUGGCCAUGCCGAUCGCCGGCUGCCCCUACGAUUUCGAGGACGUCAUCGAUAUGUCCACGAUUUUCCCCCGCAAAGUGCCGACCAACUGUCUUACCCAGCUGGCCCCCUACGUCCCCAGCGAGCACCACUCGGCCCCCGUCAAGUGGCAGAAGAAGCUCCCUCCACCUCCGGUCAACGGGCAGUUCUCUGACGCGGAGGAGGAGGUGGAGGAGGAGGAGGUGUGAUGAUGUGCCAGACAGCCUGGGGUGCAGUUCUCGAAACCAUAGUUGUUAAUUAUGUUAGCUACUUUGUUGUUUGCAAUGCAAUUUCCCCUAGACAACUACCCAAGUUGCUAACUGGCUAACAACUAUGCUUUCGAGAAACGCACCCCGAGUUUGCUAGGCACAGGCAUACUGAGGCAACCUGGAUGUUUUGUUUUAUUAUCAUGUGUUCAGAAGCUACGAUCAAGUGCCACAUAUUCCAAAUGACCCAUCCAAUGUAUUCUAGUGCCUGUCCAAAUGCCCUAAUUGUACAGCUAAAACCAGGUCAUUUGGAAUAUAUGGCAUGGAUGUUUCCAGUGUGACUUGUUCCAAAUGACCUUGUUUUUAUCUGCCCAAAGGCCUCAAUAGGGAGUGUAAGUCAUGUCCCACCACACCGAAUGAGGAGUCCAGAAAAGGUUUAUUUUUUUUCCGAGCGCUAUCAUCAACAUUGGCUAUUUAUUAUGAUCUUUGUCAAUUUUUGUCAUUAGCCAGGCAACCUGGUUUCGCUUGGCGUGGCUGCGGUGCAGGGGCAAUCCAGAUGGUGUUUUCAGCAUGUAUUCAGAACCCCAUCAGCUGUUUUUUUGGAGGGGGCCUGACAUGCAUAUAGACUCCCCAUUGGACUUGUAAAACCUGGUAAUUUGGAAUAUGUGGCACUGGAUUAUAACUAAUGAGUCCAGGUUGCCCACCACUGCACUUCAGGGGAGGGCGGGUGUCUUGAAAGUUGUGUGUGGGUCAUAUUAGGAAGUUCUAGAUGAUUUUUCCCUGUUUGUUCGGCUGACGGAGUGUAUGUCUGUCAGUUACUCAGUCAUGGAAUUAGUGAAGUGGUUAUUUUUGUCCAAAAAAAAGUCAUGGAAAAGAAAGAGAAAGUAUUUGUUUAAUGUUAUUUUAAAUUCUAUCAAAUCAAUUGACGUUUUACGUGAGCAUACCAUUAUGUACUACAUUACCUAGACCUUUUAUUUUAUCAUGUAUUUUAUUAUUAAUUGACUUGAGUUUAACAUCGCACUCGAGUUUCACAUCACAAUAUUAACUAAAAAAAAAAAGUUUUGAUUCAAUUAUCGAUCACAUAUUUUUGGCAAAAUAGGUACACUCGAGGCAGAGUGCGUUUUACAAGUUAUAACACAUCAGCCUUUAAGUUUUGGUUCCUUCAUGUAAA